AUGUCGAGGCGACGCAUGAGCGGAGACAAGCUGACGGGGCUAUUUGGCGGCAGCUCUUUGAGCUUGGGCAACAACGACGACAACCAGGACAGCAGUCGACCCAGUGCACUGCGAGUCAAGAUCAUCUCGAUGGGGGAGAGUGGCGUGGGCAAGAGCUGCGUGAUCAAGCGCUACUGCGAGGAGAAGUUCGUGAGCAAGUACAUCUCGACCAUCGGCAUCGACUACGGCGUCAAGCCCGUGAUGGUCAACGGAGCUGAGGUGCGCGUCAACUUCUGGGACCUGUCGGGGCUGCCGGAGUAUCUGGAGGUGCGGAACGAGUUCUACAAGGAUACCCAGGGAGGGAUCCUCAUGUUCGACGUGUCUUCACGACGGAGCUUCGAGGCGCUCGACAGUUGGCUGCGUGAGGCUGCCAAGUUCGGCGCGGGUAAGUUCCCCUGCAUCCUGUGUGGGAACAAAGUCGACCGUCCGCGUGUCGUCUCGGAAGACGAGGCCAAGGCUUACGCUCUGUCCAAGGGGUUCGAGUACUUUGAGACGUCUGCGUGCACUGGCGUGAGCAUCACGGAGGCCUUCCACUCGCUGUUCAGGACGGUAGUCAAACACGUGACACGUUAA